AAAUGAAACACUAAGUUGAAUUUCUCACAACUAAAUAAUGUUAUUUUUAGAGUGAUUUCCUAUGUAACAAAAUGAUUAGUAGAUGACGUCUUUCUGGUGGUUUGGCUCACCCUUGAUCAUUGUAGAUAUCGCAGUAAACUAAUCCAAUAUAAAUUGCUUCUUGAUAUGGUGACUGAUAAUUUGUAUAACAAACUAACAAGCUAUCAGUUCUGCUCUUCUCCUUCCGUGCUUUAUGCAGGAGAAAAAAGCGCCCUCUUUCCUGCAAUCCUACAAGAUCAAAGUAGGUAAUCCAUCUAAACCUUCAAUUGAUAAAAAUUGCCAAUUGUCUGUGCAAAUCUAGGUUUUAUCGUAAUGAUGCAUUUCUAGAUGACAAAUUUUUUACUUUAGACCAAAGUGACACCUCCCUAUUCUUUAAUUGCAGGGUUUAGACAAUCCCCCAAUGGAUUGGAAAAACAGACCAUGCAGCAAACUGCCAGCAACAUUUGAACUUUCUAGUAUUACUCGGAAGAGACGCCAACGUGAAACAUGCGCGUCCCAACAGUGCACUAUCAAAGUAGCAGGGGUGCCGGCCGGUACGUCACAGGACCUUUUGAUGUACUACUUCGAAAACCCCAGACGAUCAAACGGCGGUCCAGUGACUGGUAUUGACAUGAAACCUGACCUUCAAAUGUGCCUGGUCACUUUUGAACUUCCUGAGGACGCGAAAAGAACAGCGGAGAACUCCCCACAUAGUGUGGCUGGCCUGCGGCUCCAUGUCUCUCUACUUGAGGAGCAGGAGAAUGUCAUUGCGGAUGAUCAUGAGGAAGUUAGCGGCUCGGAAGAAGAGGCUGGCGCUGAAAUUACAAUAAUUGCUAGCGGUAUUCCACUUUCUAGCAGCGAGGACGCUGUGCGGUAUUACUUUGAGAAUUCAAGGAGAUCAGGGGGAGGUGAAGUCUGCGACAUUGAUUUCACUCAUGACGGGAAAGCUUUUAUUACCUUUACUGCCGUGGAAAAUUUACAAAAGCUCCUUCAAGCAUCGCAUUUCAUAAAUGGAAAGGCUAUUUCAGUGGAAAGGCUACCACCAAAGAAAAAAUUACCGCCAGACCCCUUUCGAGUCUACGUUCGAGGCCUUAAUGAGAAAACAACAGAAGACUGCCUGCUGUUUUACUUGGAGAAAUUUAGUAAUGCAGAGGUUAAAGAGGUGAUUCGCGGUUGCGAUGGCAAAGCGAUGGCUAUAUUUGCCGCUGAACCAGACUUUAAAUCGCUUUUCGACAACGUUCACGGUGAUGUUAGAGGCCUAGAAGGAUGUAAACUUCGUUUGGAGCAUGCGCCUGUAUGCUCUUGUGUUUUAGUCAGCGGACUGAAGGACGACACUACAGAGGAUACCAUACAUCUGUAUUUUGAAAAUAAGAGGAAUGGCGGUAAUGUUGUUAGCAAAGUAGAACGUGAGACGAAAAACAGUGCCUUGGUUUAUUUCGAGGAUCCAUCAAGCGUUCAUAACGUCCUCCAAAGGAAACACACCCUUGAAGGAAUUGAACUAGAAGUACAGCCAUUUUAUCAUUUCCUUGAGAAUGCAGUCACCAACAAAAAGGAAAUACCGUUUGAUGCCCAUCUCUUUGAGCACAUUAAAAGGAAUCAUGGACAUGAGCUCCAAAUACUAACCAACGAAAACAAAGUCGAACUGUUCAUGGAUGUAAACAAAUCUUUUCUCAUCAUUUCGCCGUCUGAUAAAAGAAAGAUCUCUCAAAAGUCAUGGCAAGACAGGUCUGGAAGUUUGGAAAAUUUUUUACUGAGCUUCAGGAAAAUUGAAAUUCCACUUUCUCCUGAACUGUUUGAUGAAGUAUCAGAGCGGUGGCAGAAGGAUCGUCCCAGAAAAGAGUCCUCCACUGAUGUUAUAAAUUUCAGUAGACAUGACCUAUUAGUCCAGAUUCUUGGCAAGGAGGACCGCGUGAAUGAAGAUGUGCGCAAACUGCAGGACUUAAUCCUUGCCGUCGAAGAAGACGCGGAACUUAUGAAUUCAAAAGUCAAAGUGAUCAGAGAGGGCAUUCCAAGGUCUCGACUGCGUUUGCUGGAAAUGACCGGCAUUUGCCAAAAGCUUCAAAGAGAGCAGCAACAAUUGAAUAUAUCUAUCGAUCUAGACAACGAAACGCUGUGUUUGGAUGGUCCCAGAAACCUUCUUAACGAGGUGCAAGCUGAACUAUUUACAUUUAUGUCAAAGAUGAUUGAAAAGACCAUCGAACUUCCGACGAACAUUACAAGAGUUUUGAAAAUGCCAUCGGUGUCAAGUGUCAUCCAAGAUCUCUUAAAACAGAGUGGCGUACAAGCGAUUUUUGUGCGCGAUCAAUGCAGCAGUUCAAAUGAAGUUCAAGUUGUCAGCGCUGACUCACAUAACGCAAAAGAAGCAGAAAAAGUUUUGCUGGGUGCUAUCCAGGAAAAUAGCAUCCGCCUAACUAAAGAGAAUGCUCAAGUGCUGGACAGUCGCCCAUGGAAAGAUUUCCAAACAUCAUUGACUUCCAAGUUUAAAGUUGACAUUCUCGUCCAAAUCCCAUCAAACACCGUUUGGGUAAGCGGAAUUGCGAAGGACGUAAAGCAAUGCUAUGAUCAAGUUAUAGACUUCUUACAAAAGAACACCAUUCUACGUGAUACCGUCCCGUUGGAUCAUGGGUCUACACGGUUUGUCUUCGAAAGACUGAGCUCAGAGAUUGAAAAAAUUAAAAGAGAUCUCGCCUCUUGUUCUAUUGAUGUGAGAAUGUCCUCCAGCUGUAGAGGCAUAGACAUUUCUGGUACCACUGAAGGGAUUGAUAAAUGCCUUCCAAGACUUGUUGAUCUAACAAAAAAUAUUCAGAAAGUCUCUGUUCCAAUUGACAAGCCAGGGAUGACAAAGUUCUUUUCUCAGGGUAAAGGGCCCAAAUCUCUGAAGACAAUAGAAGACAACAAUAACUGUAUCAUCAUCACAAGUGAGCGAAAUUGGAACACAGCAUCUCCAACAGAUGAAGCAGGUGUAAAAGAAAUGGAGUCAUCAACUGGAGGAUUCAUAUGCAGCUACCUCACUGUAGAGAGGAAGAAGAUUUCUGUCUUCAAAGGUGACAUAACGAAACAUCGUGUAGAUGCUAUAGUAAAUCCGGCUAAUGAAGAAUUAAAACACAUUGGAGGUCUCGCCGCAGCCAUAGUUAAAGUAGGUGGAACAGAGAUCCAGGAUCAUUGCAAGAGGUUUAUCGAAAAGCACGGCCUACUCCUAGAAGGUCGAACAUUUGUUACCCCGGCAGGAAUGUUACCAUGUGAUCGAGUAAUUCACACGGUUGGACCUAAAUGGGACACAGCAGCAGAAAUAACUCUCAAAAAUGGCAUGAAAACACUGAAAGAACGUCUUCUUGAGAUGGCAAUCAGAAACAGUCUCAAAGAAGCAGCAAGUUUGAGGUCCAUAGCUAUUCCAGCUGUCAGUUCUGGCCAGUUUGGCUUUCCACGUGACCUUUGUGCAAAAGUCAUCUUAGAUGCUGUUGUUGAUUUUUGCAAGGCAAAUCCAUCUUGCAAUUUAUCGGAAAUUCAUCUUGUCAACCAUGAUUCACCAACGGUGAAGGUGUUCGUGCACGAGAUGAGGAACCGAUUUGCCGAGGAAACGAAUUUCAUCCACAAGGAAAAUCCCGCUCCAAUGGGUUUUGGGGUUGACGUUGCGAGCAAUCCACGACAGUUGCAUCAAGCUUCAAGUUCUUUUAAAACACCAGAGGGCAUUCAUAUCGCAGUUAAGGUUGGCGACCUUGCCCAAGAACAGACUCUAAAGGAUCUCUUGACGAAGUGUCUAAAAGAAGGAGAGAAACGGAACAUGACUUCCAUUGCUUUUGCCGCCAUUGGUACGGGUACACUUCGCUUUCCUCGAGAUCAAGUUGCCGAGAUCUACUUUGAUGAAGUAAUAGCUUACAGCCAAAGGAACCCCUCAACGAAAAUGAAAGAUGUAAGGUUUGUGUUGCACGACAAGGACAGUUUAACUGUCCAAGCCUUCAAUGUGGAGUUACAGAAGAGAUUAAAAGGUACUGUCCGCAUAUCAUCACCUGGUACUACAACAUUCUCUCCGGUAAUUGAGCGAAAGCCAGAUCACUUGGAAACAAAUGUAGGACCCCUGUGCUUUCAAGUUCAACCUGGUGAUAUCACCGAAGAGUCCACAGAGGCCAUAGCAAUUAUCUCCAAUAAUUCUUUAGAUCUCUCAGUAGGUCAGGGAGCCGGAGCUGCAAUCCUUCGAAGAGGAGGUGAUUCAAUAAGGGACGAGUGCAUCAUGUACGGUCCUCAAGCUCCAGGAUCCAUUGUUGUCACAAAGGCUGGAAGAUUAAACGCAAACUAUCUCUUCCAUAUCGUCCCGGUGGAACCCCUCACCGCUAAAAGCAUGAAAGCCUGCCUGUUGACAUGUCUCCAAGAGGCUGAAAAAAAAAGAGUAACAUCCAUUUCAUUUCCUGCUAUUGGGACAGGGAUCCUUGGUAUGUCGGCAAAAUCAGCUGCAAACACAAUGUUGUCCGCGGUUCGCACUUUCUCUGACCAGCAACCUGCCAACAUACAGCUUAUUAAGAUGACGAUUUUCCAAGUAGACAUGAUCAAAGAUGUCCGCUCAGCGAUGUAUGAAGUAUCAGGCCAAAAAACUCCUACAGAACCGGGAAUGUUGCAAAAAUUUGCCAAAAGUGUGGCACGUCGCAUUGGUCUCGGAGGAACGGGAGAAAGCAGCACUACCCCAGAAACUCCAGAAGCUGACAGCAGAAAGUUAGACCUCGUUAUAUUUGCUGGUUGUGAAAGAGAUCUUCAUCACGCUACAGAGGCAGUCAAGGAGGUGAUGGCAGAUAAUUUCAGUCAGCGGAUUAUAAAAAAUGAGGUAAUCAGAAAUUUGAGCAAAGAAGACAUGAGAAAAAUUCACACUCUUGAGCUACGCUACGCUGUGGAGGCAACUGUGGAGAAAGAGGUGGACCGAAUCGAGUUACGUGGCCAACCAGAGGAUAUUCUCAGCGUCAUGGGAGACAUUCACGAACUUCUGGAUAAAAUAAAGACAGAUGAACACGAACGCAUCCGAGCUCAAGUGGUGUCGAAAGAUAUCCAGUGGAAGUAUAAAAUCGGAGAUACGUUCGUAGAAUACGAAAGUCACCUAAAUGCACAAAUUGAACUUGCCUAUCACCAAAGGAGAAAGACGAUGACGAUCCAUCAGGAUGGAGAGCAGUACAAAAUAUCUUUCGUUGACAUGACUGAGGAGGACGAAAAUGGUCAAAGAACAGACAUCAAAAGAAUUGAUUCUCGCAAAGGCCUUCAGCCCCCUGACUACUGGGAUCCUCAGCCACAAGACAAGAAGAUGCAUAUUGUGGAACUUAAACCUUCCACACAUGCGCAGGAGUACAAGAAGGUCAGCGAUCUGUUCAGUGGAACCUGUUCCAACCGCAUUCUAAAGCUAGAGCGAAUUCAAAACCCUGCUCUAUAUGGUCUGUACGCAAUUCAGCGGCAAAAGAUGGACGAAGUUAACGGUUUAGGAAGCAACGAAAAGUUGCUGUUUCAUGGAACAGCAGAGGAUAACUGUAACGCAAUCAACCACAAGGGCUUCAACAGAAGUUAUGGCUGGCAGAAGAAUAACCUUUAUGGAAAAGGCGUGUAUUUUGCGGCACAAGCUGACUACUCUGCAAGAUCUCAAUUUUCGCCACCAGGUCCAACUGGACACCGACACAUGUACCUCGCCAGGGUCCUGGUCGGUGAGUAUACAGUGGGGAGGCCGGACAUCCUUGAACCGCCAGCCAAACACCGAACGGAUCUAACAGAUACCUAUGAUAGCGUGGUUGACCAGAUUCCUAAUCCUGAGAUCUUCGUCGUAUUUCAAGACCCACAGUGUUAUCCCGAAUACCUAAUCACCUUCCAGUGACAGCCAAGCGUUAUCUAGAGUUUGUCAAGGUUGCUCCCUGAACAGUUUAAAAGGAAACCAUUUUCUUCUUUUGAGCUCGUUGUUUGGGGAGAUUAAUUCAGUUUAGGUUCUCCCUUAAAAGUACCAGAAAGAGGUCGUGUCCUUUCAAAGUAGUUGCCCAAUGCAGUAGGCUAUAUUAGUUUUCCGGGUAUUGGACUUGGAAGUACUGCACGUAUAUAGCUUGCAAUAGAAAUAUAUGUAGAACUCGUGCUAAUAUUAUAAAAAUAGCUUUGUUUGCAUUUAAAAAGUUUUCCCCAUAUAACAAGCUCCAGUACAUAUAAUUUCAGUCUUGUAGAUUUGUUUUUUUUUUUUUUUUGCAUGGCAUUGCUUUUGGACGAAAUGAGAUUGUCGCUUAUCGUGGAAAUAUCGCCAAGGUUCGGAGAAGAGUACUAUACUACGUACAGUCCUAUACUUAAUGAGUAGCCUAGUCAGGUCUGUGAUGUCUGGGGCGCCGCAGUAAGUAGUUAAGCAGUAGUCAAGUUUCUUUUGUUUUAUCAAAUUUUAUAGUGGUCGUCAAAUGCAGUCCGGCUUAAGUGCGCAAGUCAUAAUAUGAGCCGCGUUGCGACAUUCCUUCCCAUAAGUUCCUCUCCUGAGCUCUAGUUCAAAAUAGCUAUGCACAUGGAAACAUGAAAAAUGCUGCUGUUUUAAUAUUUUACAGUAAUACCUAUAACAAAAUAUAACUCAUUUUACCGCGUAUACAGGCCAUUAAAUAACAGUCGUAAAAACAACGGUGAUGAAAUAAUCCUCUUCUAGACGCAAAGUAUUUUCAAUAACGUGGUGGUUACCCUCUUAGUGAACCAAUAGGCCUAAAAAACUAUAUCUGCGACGAAACGUUUUUCGUCUCCUUGUCUGUGGCCCGUAGGAACCAGAAUCAACGGAUUCCCUUUGCAGCGAGAUCUUCUUUGACUCGUCGAAGAUAAUGCGGGUCGGGGUAACCAAAGCUGUAGGAGGUAAACGAAGAUUGUUACAUUAAUCAACACAAUAAUAAAUGUAGGGAAACUAGUAAGUGCUCUCCUUUAUUUAUCAUUUUAUUGUCGUUGACUUGGGGUUAGAAGAGUGCAUGUGUAAUCCCCAAUAGCAAUUUAGUAUUUCAAUUUAAAGCAACAACAAACGAAAAUAGCAUGAACAAAGGAAUUAAAAGACAAAGAAAUCAAGGACCACAUCAUUCAAAUCACAGUUGGAAAUAGAAUUAAACACCAAAAUGAAUGGGCAAUAAAGUAGUAAGACUUCA